GCAACUUCUAGCGGUUUGCUUUGAAUCAAUGAACGGUGUAACGGUCAGAGAUCACUUGGCUGUCGAGAUGUUAAUUAUUAGGUGACGAGCUCCACUGAUCUUACUGCAAUCUUGGUAUUGUUUAAAUUACAAGUAACGUGUUCCUUAAUGAUUGACAUGAACGAUUGAAUAGAUAUCUUUAACUUCUUAACCUCUCAUCAUUAAAAGUACAACGCAUUUACUGAUUUAUUGCAAAUAAUGAAAUAAAACAAAUAAAUUGACAGCCUUCCUUUAAUAGCUAUCGCGAGCAGCUCAUAUUUGUAUUCCUGAUAAGUCAGUUCACAUCUUGGUUCGCUGGAAGAUACAACUCUAUACUGUGCUCACCCGUGAUGUUUUGUGACAUCUUCGUUUAUUAUUUUUAACUUGAACAGACAAUACUCAGUCUAAUCCUCAAAUGCUUCGUCCUACGCCCUAUUCGACUCUUUUGAGUCGUGCGCUGAGGCGAUCUUUCAGCAGUGCUGCCAAUAAUGGACCCGUUGUAACCGAAAUGGACCCCAAGACGGGAUACGCCACAGUUACCCUGAACCGAGCCCCUGUCAACGCUAUGAAUCUGGAACUGAUGAGGGCGAUCCAGCGUACCAUUGAUGAUUUGGAACGUGACAAGGCACGAGGCAUGAUCUUGACAUCGAAGUUUUCAAACAAGGUGUUUUGCGCCGGGCUAGAACUCACGGAAAUGGUCAACCCCAACCCAGAACAGUUUAGGGUCUUUUGGACCAGUUUGCAGGACACGUGGAUGAAACUGUAUGGAACAUCAUUUCCGACGGUUGCAGUUAUUAACGGGCAUGCACCCGCCGGUGGAUGUAUGAUAUCUUUAGCUUGCGAGUAUCGUGUGAUGCAGCCCAACUUCAGCAUUGGGCUUAAUGAAACUGUCUUGGGUCUCCCGGUUCCGAGGUGGUUGCAAACUACAAUGUCGAAAGUUAUUGGAGAACGCAUGUCGGAGAUUGCUUGUACUACUGGCAAACUGUAUAGCGCGGAACAAGCAUUGAAAAUGGGAAUGAUUGACGAGCUGGUGAUGAACCAGGACGAAGGAGUUUUGAAGGCGGUAGCUUUUCUGGACUCUUUCAAGGAUAUGAUUCCUGUCGUAAGAGAUAAAACGAAACUCGAACUUAGAAAGUUGAACAUAGAGGAUUUCCAAAACUAUAGACAAGCAGAACUUGACUUUGUGACGAAGCAUGUAACGUCAUCAGAGUUUCAGAACGUGCUAUUAGGAUAUCUGCAGUCGUUGAAAGAUAGAAAAUCAAAAUGAUUUGUUAUCUAUUUAACAAAUAUUUGAUGUGAUUGGAAAAUAUAUGUUUGGUCUUAAAAUAAUGCUUUAAUCAUACUUCGAAAACCGGUAUAUCUUGCAAGUUUGCCCUCCAUAUCGUUAACAUCAAAAGUGGUGAGAGGAAGCUCGUUGAACUGGAUUUGCACAGAACAGCUUGCGGAGCAAUGACACCGAGCGACUUCGUUCUGCUAUCCUGUUUUUGGGAGAAAGUGACACACCCUUCAAGGUCGUUUCCCUGGUGGGAACAAUUUUCAGCUUUCGGUAUAAAAACGAAUUUCUUUG